GCUCAUCUGCAUAAAUUUGCAUGCGUUACAGAAAUACCGGUACCAAGAUGAGGACAGCCCCCCCCUGGAGCAGAGCCCCGCCCACCUGCCCAGCCAGGCCAACUCUCCCCCCGUCAUCGUCAACACCGACACCCUGGAGGCCCCGGCCUAUGUGAACGGCACCGAGGGGGAGAUGGAAUACGAGGAGAUCACUCUGGAGAGGGGGAACUCGGGGCUGGGGUUCAGCAUCGCGGGGGGCACCGACAACCCCCACGUCGGGGACGACCCCGGGAUCUUCAUCACCAAAAUCAUCCCCGGGGGCGCCGCCGCCCAGGACGGGAGGCUCAGGGUGAACGACAGCAUCCUGUUUGUGAACGAGGCCGACGUGCGGGAGGUGCCGCACUCGGCGGCCGUGGAGGCGCUCAAGGAGGCCGGCGCCGUGGUGCGGCUCUACGUGAUGAGGAGGAAGGUCCCGGCCGAGAGGGUGGUGGAGGUCAAGCUCAUCACAGGGCCCAAAGCAACGGUGACAAUAACGGUGACAAUAACGGUGACAAUAACGGUGACGAUAACAGUGAUGAUAACAGUGAUGAUAACAGUGACAGUAACGGUGACAGCAACGGUGACAACAACGGCGACAGAGGUGCCACCAGCGGGGGGGGGGGUGACAGCGGGUGGGGAGGUGACAAUGUGGAGGCGACAAUUCAGGUCUGGGGUCAGCAUCGCGGGGGGCGUGGGCAACCAGCACAUCCCAGGGGACAACAGCAUCUACGUCACCAAGGUCAUCGAGGGGGCGGCGCACAAGGACGGGCGGCUGCAGGUCGGGGACAAGAUCCUGGCCGUGAACAACGUCAGCCUGGAGGACGUCAUGCACGAGGACGCGGUGGCGGCGCUCAAGAACACCUACGACGUGGUGUACCUGCGGGUGGCCAAGGCCACCGUGCCCGGCCUCGGGGACACCUACGGGCCCCCCGACGUCACCGGCUCCUACUCGGCGCACCUGGACUCGGAGCUGCCCCCCCAGAGCUUCCUGGGCCCCGAGUUCCCCCCGGCGCUGACCCCGACGUCCCCGCGGCGCUUCUCGCCCGGCCCCAAGGAGCUGCUGCCCGACGACGACGUGCCCAGGGACCCGCGGCGCAUCGUGAUCCCGCGCGGCUCCACCGGGCUGGGCUUCAACAUCGUGGGCGGCGAGGACGGCGAGGGGAUCUUCAUCUCCUUCAUCCUCGCCGGCGGCCCGGCCGACCUCAGCGGGGAGCUGCGCAAGGGCGACCAGAUCCUCUCGGUGAACGGGGUCGAUCUGCGCGGCGCCACCCACGAGCAGGCGGCGCUGGCGCUCAAGAACGCCGGGCAGUCGGUGACCAUCGUGGCACAGUACCGGCCCGAAGAGUACGGGCGCUUCGAGGCCAAGAUCCACGACCCGGAGCAGCUCCUGAGCAGCAGCCUCGGCUCCGGCAGCGCCUCCCUGCGCAGCGACCCCAAACGCGGCUUCUACGUCCGGGCCCUCUUUGACUACGACAAGGCCAAGGACGUCGGCUUCCUGAGCCAGGCGCUGAGUUUCCGUUUCGGGGACGUUCUGCACGUCCUGGACGCCUCUGACGAGGAGUGGUGGCAGGCCCGGCUGGUGCUGCCCCCCCAGCAGCCCCCCGACAUCGGCUUCGUGCCCAGCAAGCGCCGAGUGGAGCGCCGGGAGUGGACGCGGCUCAAGGCCAAAGAUCGGGGGCCGGGGGCUCAAGGCCGCGAGGACGCUGUGCUGAGCUACGAGACGGUGACGCAGAUGGAAGUUCACUACGCGCGGCCGAUCAUCAUCCUGGGCCCCACCAAGGAUCGCGUCAACGACGACCUCCUGAGCGAGUUCCCCGAGAAAUUCGGCUCCUGCGUGCCCGUGAACACGACGCGGCCCAAGCGCGAGUACGAGGUCGACGGCCGCGAUUAUCACUUCGUGGCCUCGCGGGAGCGCAUGGAGAAAGACAUCCAGGGGCACAAGUUCAUCGAGGCGGGGCAGUACAACAGCCACCUGUACGGCACCAGCGUCCAAUCAGUGAGAGAGGUGGCUGAACAGGGCAAGCACUGCAUCCUGGACGUGUCGGCCAACGCCGUGCGGCGGCUCCAGGCGGCGCAGCUGCACCCGAUCGCCAUCUUCAUCCGGCCCAAAUCGCUGCAGAACGUGCUGGAGAUCUCCAAGCGCGUGAGCGAGGAGCAGGCGCGGAAAGCGUUCGACAGAGCCACCAAACUGGAGCAGGAGUUCACCGAGUGCUUCUCAGCCAUGGUGGAAGGCGACAGCUUCGAGGAGAUUUACCACAAAGUCAAACGAGUCAUCGAGGACCUCUCAGGACCUUUCAUCUGGGUCCCCGCCCGCGAGCGGCUUUAGGGCCGGGGGGGGGACCCCCCAAAAAACCACCCCCCCCCCCAAAAUCCACAGAAACCCCCCCCCCCCAAAAAAACAAAACAACAAAAAACCCCACCAGGACCUGCUGGAUUCCCAAAGCCUUGGGGAGGGGUUGGCUGGUUUUAUUUUUAUUUUAAUUAUUUUUUUGGGGGUUUUUUUGGGGGGGGGAUCCUCUCCGGUGGAUUUUGGGGAGGGGGAAAAACGCCCCCCUGCCCCCCUCCCCCUUGCCCCAAAUUUGGACUCUUGUCAUUUUUUUGUACAUAUUUAAGCUCUAUAUUUGUAACGCCCCGGGGGGCCCCGAAUCGGCCCCUCCCGGCCUCGGACA